AUGCAUCGAAAAAUCGUUGGCAAUCAAGUGAACAAUGAAAAUCGCAGCUCUAAUUCUGGUUGCUGUCGCCCUUGCCCAGGCGGCAGAGAUCCCGAAGCUUAGAAACUUCCGCAAUCCAGCUCAUUUGCCUCCCAGGUCUGCUCUUUUCCCUCGCCCAAGCCAAGUCCAGGGUCCGGGCUACUUUGUCCCCACUGGCGAGCACGCUCACGUCUUCAGCACCCGUGGUGUUUGCGGACAAGUCAAGAACCAAGAGUCUGAGCGCAUCGUUGGCGGAGUUGAGGCCGUCCCUCACGAGUUCCCAUGGAAUGUAGCUGUGAUUGUUGACAAUUACUACUCCUGCGGAGCUACCAUCAUUUCCGCCGACUGGAUUUUGACUGUUGCCCACUGUGCCGACGGAGGCCGAUCCUUCGAAGUCAUCCUUGGCGCACACAACAUGAACAUUGUCGAGCCAACCCAAGUCAGAAUUACCGCCACACAAUACACCUUGCAUCCCGAAUGGAAUUCCGCCAAUUUGCAGAAUGACGUUGCCCUGAUCAAGUUGCCAACACCCGUUAGCUUCACCCCUGAAAUCGCCCCCAUCUGCUUGGCACCAAACACCGAACCGGAUCACGUUGGAGACAUUCUCUUGGCUACCGGCUGGGGACUCGACUCCGACAGUGCAACAUCAACCACAGACAAUCUCCGUAAAGUCUACGCUCCCGGAAUCAGCGUCGAAGACUGCCAGGCCGUUUACGGUAACCGUUACGGUGUGCUGGAUUCAGUUCUCUGCAUCAACACCACCGGCGGCCAUGGAACUUGCAAAGGUGACUCUGGCAGCCCAUUGAGCUACAUCAACAACGGAGUUUACAUCCAGGUUGGCAUUGACAGCUUCGGUUCGCCCAUCGGAUGUGAAUGGGGAUACCCAACUGGAUUCUCGCGCAUUUCCAGCUAUGUUGACUGGAUCGUCUCUGUGACUGGCUUGGUCGUCUAGAUUAUAACGUCGAUGUUGAUUUUUCAUGUUUCAACAAACUUGUUUAAUUACGUCAAAACGAAAAUAAAUCAGGCAAAAUUUUAA